AUGAAGGUGGCUCUUGUCGGCGGGACAGGAGAGACGGGCAGCAUCAUUGUCAACGCUCUUCUCGAAUCUGACAUUCCAGCCUUGAAAAUUUUCGCCAUUGUUCGCCCUGCCUCUGAAAGAAAGCCUGACGUUGUCGCGCUUGAGAAGAGAGGAGUUGCCGUCGCCGUAGUUGAUCUUGAGGGGCCAAGGGCUGAACUCGUUGAUGUUCUGAAGGGCGUCGAUGUCCUAAUCUCGACCAUCCACGUCAGUGCGCUUGCCAGCCAGAUUCCCCUUGCCGACGCCGCCAAGGCCGCAGGCGUAAAGCGAUUCGUUCCUUGCUUCUUCGCCACCGUUGCUCCAGCCAAAGGUGUAUUGACGUUGCGCCAGCUAAAGGAGGAGGCUCUUCUUCACGCGAAGAAGAUUUGCCUUCCCUAUACAGUCAUUGAUGUCGGCUGGUGGUACCAGCUCAGCAUUCCGCGCCUCCCGUCUGGGCGCAUUGACUCGGCUACCCCUUUGCCGAUCAACUUCAUAGCUGGCGAUGGCAACACCCUUUCUGCGCUGACAGAUGUGAGAGAUGUUGGAAGGUUCACAGCGCGUAUCAUCGCUGAUCCCCGCACCAUCAAUAAAAUGGUUCUCGUCUAUGGCGACAUUGUCUCUCAAAAUCAGAUCUUCGAUAUGUUGGACAGGAUGAGUGGCGAGACCACCAAACGCGAUUAUAUGUCAGCCGAAGCUAUGGAAACCGCCAUGGCUGCUGAGUCUUUGACGGCGGGCGCAAUCGAGGAAAGUGCUUUUGAUCACAGGAUGAAGAUCUUCUACGAGUACUGGUACUCCAUGGGAGUCCGUGGAGACAACACCCCAGAGUAUGCCGAGUUUCUCGGGUAUAUUGACGGCCCUAAGCUGUACCCUGACUUUCAGGCCCUUACUUUCGAGGCCUUCCUUCAGGAAGUUCUCGACGGAAAGUCGGUGGCCAUCUAUCGCACUCUCAGGGAAGAGAUAGCCAAGGCCGAUAAGAAAGCCAAGGCUUGA